CGUAUUUGGUGUUAUUUUCACGUUUUCUGCUAACCCGGUCAGCCUGGCACGUCCCUGUCACAGUGCUGCAGCCCAGCUCGGGCAGCAUUACCCGAGUGCUUAUAGCAGUGCUCUUUGUUUUGUUUGGUUUUUUUUCUUUUUCCCUUUGGACUUUGUGAGGCUUGAGUGUGAGGCUUCCUUGACGGUGCUGUGGGAUUGUAUGGUAUGAAAAAAGCUGCUGGCAGCAACAGCCAGAGAUCUUGAGGUUUUCUUUUGCUGCCCUGCACCUGUUCUGCAGCUCUGCUACAAAGAGGUGACACCAAGGAAAGCCUUUAACGCCUGUGGGGAUUCCAACAGGAAAAUUUUCUUGACCUUGUGUCUGGGUAGUUCUUGAGGAUGGCAAGCAAAGGAUCCACAGCUUCUGCAUCAACCAAGAGCUCCAGCACUGGAGGGACCAGUGGCAGCAGCAGUAACGGUCCCGGGGACAACACUAAUCAGGACAACACUUUUGAAUGUAACAUCUGCUUGGACACUGCCAAGGAUGCAGUGAUCAGCUUGUGUGGGCACCUCUUCUGUUGGCCUUGUUUACAUCAGUGGCUAGAGACCAGGCCAAACAGGCAAGUGUGUCCUGUAUGCAAAGCAGGAAUCAGUCGAGAUAAAGUUAUUCCUCUGUAUGGAAGAGGUAGCACUGGGCAGCAGGACCCCAGAGAGAAAACUCCACCACGACCCCAAGGACAGAGACCUGAACCAGAGAACAGAGGGGGAUUCCAGGGCUUUGGCUUUGGCGAUGGUGGCUUCCAGAUGUCCUUUGGGAUUGGGGCGUUUCCCUUUGGUAUAUUUGCAACAGCCUUCAACAUAAACGACGGGCGACCUCCUCCAGCUGUUCCAGGGACUCCUCAAUAUGUGGAUGAGCAGUUCCUUUCCCGCCUCUUCCUGUUUGUGGCACUGGUGAUAAUGUUCUGGCUGUUGAUUGCAUAAAUCUUUUCCAUUAUUCUAUAUAUUCAUGACCAACAAGGCCACUGAAACAGUUACAAACUGCAUCCCCAUCCCACUUUAAACCUCUUGGUCUGGUUCCGUAGCUAACUAUGGGCUUCAGGAAUUGGUGGUACCACAGCACAAUGAGGAAUCUCGCAUUUUGCACCAGAGUUGGAAAUUAAACAUUGGUUAAAAAGCGUAUUUCAGCUCAGAUAUCUUGUACAACAGGUUCCUGCCACAAACCACGGGCCUAGCGUUGAGCUGUGCUCCCAAGGGCGUGCUGCUCUGAAAUCCUGUGCCAAUCAGUGACACCAGGUCUGUGGGAAAGACAGGGACCCCCAGGUAGACUGGGCAGGUCAGGAAACUUCUCCAGUGUGACCAGUAUCUCAUGCUUUGCAACCACGAUGGAUCUGCCAGAGCUGCAGAUGUUAUUUAAUGUCUCCAUCAACAUCCAGCCUUCUCCAGGAAAUCAUCUGCAGCACUGCUGACACUCUUUGGGCACAGCAUGUGGUGCAAAUGGAACCAGGUCCGGAGACUGGUUCCUUUUCCUGCUGUUGUUUCCCGGUGUGAUGGAAACCCCUUCCUGAUGCGGUUCUGACGGCUGCUGGAAGAAGGGAUACAAAUUUAUGCUGCAAUUUUUUAAAGCCUGAACAUGCUGGAGCCAGACACUGGAAGAUUCUCUGGCUGUAGAGCUGGGUGGGGCUGGACACAGCUGCUGCCUCACCCAGCCCAGUUCCUCACUGACCAGCAGUGUUGUCUCCCCUGGCUCUGCACAGCCCUGGGGCUGCACUCGUGGAUAAUCCCCUCACCCCACAACCUCGUCACGGUAGCGACAGUUAUCCCCUCCCAAGGCUUUGAGACUUUCUACGCAAGGUCAUGUCCUCCAAAUAAAAUCCUAUUACAGAUCCGAGAUCAGCUCGUUCGGGGAGAGGAACAAAAGGCAUCUUUACGUGAGGUUUGAGGUUAAACCUGUCAUACUGUAAAAUUGCACAGGAGGAAAAAUGAGAUCCUGCCUUUGCCAGCACAUGCACGGUAGGGAGCACUUGGAAGACCUUCUCUCUGCAGGUGCACACAGCUUCUCUGAGCCACAGCAGAACGGCCACAGCACAGGAGUCUCUGCAGUAUCUACCAAAGAGUUUAAUUUGAAGUGCUGGAGGAGACCACAACCAUUAAUGUGCUGAGGGGAUAUUUCAGAAGGUGAGCACUCUGUAGCUGUUUUGGAAUCCUGCUGGGUAUUCAGCUUUAAAGAGUACUCCUGAUGUAUUUGUGUAGAUUCCUUCACAACAGCAGAUAGGAGAGAUUCCCUAGCAAGAUGAACAGUUUUCAUAUUUCUCUGACUAGGCAAUUCCAUUUUUUUUCCUCUUAUUGUUUUUAGAUUGUUUCGAUUCAGGUCGCUGAUAGUCUCAUUGAUUUCCUGCAAGAUGAAUAUUGUGACUUCUCUGGCAAUAGACAGAAAACUGACAAAACAAAUCAACAAAUAGAAACUUUGUUUCAAUA